AGUGUACACGCCUGAGAGCGGUAUACCAGGUUGCGGAGGUCUUGGAGCGGAUCAACGCUAGGUGUUAAGGUGCCAAAGUCGAUUUUGUGAAGUUUGGGGCCCUACACAAUCCGGACCCCAAAGCUUUUACAAUGCGGAGGUUACUGCUCGCUUUUGGGCUGCUGGCCUUGGCGGGCUUGGCUCGGGGUCAGGCUGCACCUACUUUCCCUUACGCGACUUGCAACAGAGUACGCGCACAGAGCGUUUACUCCGUCCUACCAGCAACAUCAAACCCAGCUCCUGGUGUUUAUUGCUGGACGGUGCAUGUAAGCCAGUCGCAAUGCACUGUACCCAAUUCAUGUUGCUCGGCGGACGUGAGCAAGUUCGAGCUUGACGUCAGUCCGUCUUGCGACGUGGCAAGCGAGAAAGUAACUGCUACCCUGAACGGCCGGGCCGUCGGCAGUGUUGACAUUGUCAAGCCGCCUAACGCGGCCGACAACCAGCGCACGCUGCGUGUCCCUGGGCUCAACUUGAAGAACACGACCGCUGAGGGCGCCUUGAUUUGCGUGACGCUGAGCGGCCCAUGCAACACGCUGGAGCUGUUGACGCCCAGCCCGAUCUGGUCGGUUGCGCUCUGGUCGCCGGACCACGUGUGCUGCCCUAUUAUCCGCGGAGCCUCGCCGCCGCCACCCAGCCCCCCUCCGCCUUCGCCCCCUCCUCCCUCUCCACCUCCUCCCUCGCCUCCUCCUCCUUCUCCUCCUCCUCC